AUGGAAGGGGUCGCAUCCGAUAUAGAGAUGGCAGACGCCUGCGCUCCAUCCUCGUCCUCAUCCUCAUCCUCUGGCCUCUCCCCUCCGCCCACCUACAGCUCAGACUACGAGGGACUUUCCCAAAAAGCUGAGAAAGAUUCUUCCAAAGAGAUUGUCAAAGAGACUGUCGGCUCUCCCAAUGCGCGGGAAGACGCGGAAUCAGAAGCUAUCAACACACAACUUCCCGGCACAGAUCUGCCCAACAUGGCUCGACGUUCGGCGCGCAACUCGAGUAAGCCCAAGCCCGCGACUGCUUCCCCGCCAAAAGUCGCCAAGAGAAAACAGCCUACCAAAGUGGUACCCAAGAAGGGCCCAAAAUGGACAACGCAGAAGCUCUUGACGGAUCCCAAGUCGCCGCUUGCCAGCGCGGAUCUGAGAGCGAUACUCUGCCAGCCAGCGGCAUGGGACAUACUUACGAAGGAGGAGCGUGCCGAGAUCGUCAGCCUCUUCCCAGCCGGCACGCGUAUCAUCGACGCCGGCACCGACGAAGCCCGCCCGGAUUUUGACGCACUUCGCAAUAACAACAACUUUCGCCACGACUGUGCCACGUACGCCGACAACAUCUCCCAGGGCAGGCACGACCCUGAGUGGCUCGAGCAGGCGUGGGUUGCGCGCGAGCGGCGGCUGGCGGGCGACUUUGACGACUAUGUCACGCAAAAGUUUGAGGAUGAGUGGUCGUGCAAGGUGCCAGAGGGCUUUAAGCCAAACAGAGGUGGCGAUGCACCAGGCCCCGCUGCGCCUGCGGAAGCUGGAAAGGCCCAUGUCGAGCAGACGGAGGAAAAUACCGACCAGACAAAGGGAGAUGUUAUCGACAAGGUCCAGGUGGAAGCAGAAGCCAUCAAACAAGUGACGGACACGAAGGCUGCGGACACGACGGGUGACGCUAAUACGGCAAAGGAUAACGAUGCGAGAGAAGCACCGGGCGUCGCACUUGGGUCUCCUCUUCCUGAAGACAUCUCAUCAGCAAAGAUUGGCACAGCUACUACCGAGAUCUCCCUCGAAGAGCAGGUGCCAGAAUCCUCGGAGGUGCCACUUGGAAGCGUUUCUCCUGACAAUUCAUCCCAAAUGGCCAAUCACCAAAACCCGAGCAAACAGACAGAGAAGCAGAAGGGAAAGAAGCCGGUUGAAGUCUGGAAAAACAUCAACGGCGAGAAGAUUCGCGGUUCCAGGCUGUACCUUAGAAAUUGCGCAGCAAAUUCCCUCUUCCACAAUAUAGCAGGAAGAUUCCUUCCAAGACCUGCCACGAUGGCCCCCUCGGCGGAAAACCACAGUCGGUCACAUAGCCUCUUACUGUUCCAGAAGCUGCUCAACCUGAGGGAUGGCGCGAGCCCUUUGACCUUGGUGCUGGACAGUCUCGAGCAAGGCGCUGCGCCAGUCCUUCGGGAGUUCGUCUCCAGAGCCAAGGUUGCAAAAGCCAAGGUAAUUCUGCUGUCUUUCGCGACGCUCAAACGCCCACGAGGCGUGGACGUCGUCGUCAGAGCCCGCGGCAAAACCCUCAAGGCCCUGAGAGCAGAGAUUCUUUCACAUUAUCCCAAGAUAGACCCUACGGCAGUCAAGGGUGCAUCUCCGUCUCAAAAAACGGUAGUCCUGCUCGACUCCCUCAACGAGCUCGCCACAGCUGCGUCGCAGGUCCUGCCCAGCUUCCUCUCCAGCAUCAUCAUGCCCGCCGUGUCGCUGGUGGCCGUCUACCACACCGACGUGCCCCUCGUCCUCCCGCGCGCGGUGAGUGAAUACGAGCCGCACCCACUGACGGUGCUCUCUCACUUGGCGACCUCGAUCCUGAGGCUCUCGGGCCUAAGACAGGGGAUUGAGCGCCAAAAGGCGCGGAACAGGAGUUUGCAGGAGCCCGAGUGGGGGCUGGGGGAAGGGCGGGAGGGCGUCCUCGUCGGGCUCAAGGGCGACGUCAAGUCUGAGGAUUAUCACGGCGUCGUGGUCGAGAUGGAGGUCAGGCGGCGUAGCGGACGGGCCAUGGCGGAGAAGUUUGUUAUCUUGCCACAAAAGUUACAGCAGGUUUCUUCCUCCGCCGCUUCUACUGCUGCUGCAAAGGGGUCGAGGAUCUUCCUCCUCUCGGAGCACCCCGUUUUCGCUGCCCCUGAGGGCUCUGGAGAGGCAGAAGCAGGUCGCGCAGAGGAUGAGGAGCCGGAGAGCACGUUCAACCUGGGUCUCACAGAGAAGCAGCGUAGGGACAGGGAGGGUAUUGUUCUUCCUUACUUUGACGCCCAAACGGACAUAGGGGCUGGUGAGGGUGGCAGGAUCCUGUAUGAGAUGGGUAGGGAGGAUGACUUUGAUGACGAGGAGGAUGAGAUUUAG